AAAGAGUAGGUGACCUCUCCGUUAAAUUCAAUUACCUUGGAGGCGUCAAGAGCUAUCUGGAAUGGUUUUCGACGACCGAUUCUUACAUUGAUUUGCCACCUGGAAGCGUUGUGAAUGAUUGCCUAUACCACUGUCUCUAUGAAGAGCUGAAUUGUGAUGUUGCCGUUUUUGAGAAUGGUCGAUGCCAUUUCGGAGAAUGGAAUGCCACAGCGAAAAUUUCGGUGGCAAACCUUAAGAACACGACGGGUCCAUGGAAAGUGUACUUUAAUGCCAAAUAUGCGGAUCAUUACACCAAAAAGUACGCAUGGAUGCGUGCCCUCAACACGACUUUAGGGAAAGUAUCAAAUCAUACCUUCAUGAAGCUGACAACGAACUUGGAAAUUGUAUGCUUGAUGGGUUGCAAUUUUCACGCUCAGCAUUCCCUGCCAUGCACGUUCUACGUGUUUAUCAACGCAACCAAUGAAUGCUAUCUGGGUGAUAUUGGCACCUCAAGAUCGGUCCAAAUUGAUAAUAAGAAUAACUCGGUGUUGGUCACCUCAUUGAAAGAUCAAGAAACUGAGGUGGGAAAUCGUUUCUCACUAACGUUACCGGUCAAAGGCUAUCACAUCAAUAGGUUCUUGUACAAGCGUAUAAGUAGACGUGUUUGUGGAUUGAAUUGUUAUCUGGAUCCCAAUGGCCGGUGUUCGUUUUAUUUCAUUUCUUCGAGGGUUUGUUAUCUUGGAGAUGUGCUCAAUGCAGAAGCUACCAUUCCUCCACCCAAAAUUUCACCGUCGGCCAACAUUAUCAUAUUCAUUAAUGCUGAUUAUACCCGGACAACCAACGUUUCUGCCCGGUCCUACACCCAGGUGGUCAUGCCCUAUAAGACCGCCCACCACCGUCUCAUCCAUCAUUGGGGCGGAUUCCCAACCUUGGAGGAUUGCGCAACUGCCUGCCACGCGGGUUUCAAGCGGUCAAGCCGAGACGCACUGGAUAUGAAAUGCCAAUUCUUCUUCUACAAUGCCACGAGUUUGAAUUGUUAUGUGGGAAACUUGGAAUUUAAAAGUGAAGGCCCACCAUCAGACAAUGAUGGAAUUAUCACCCUUUUCAUCCAAACUGCUGUCUUGAAGGAAGUAAGCAACGGAGAGGAUUUCUCACAUGUGCCAUACAAUCAAUCAUGGAAUUCGUAUAUUUACCGAGAGGCAGUCGCUUCGGGGGCGUCCAGUCUUCAAUGUGGAGCCCUUUGUAUUUUUGAUACUGGCCCUUGUAACAUUGCCAUCACGAAUCGUGCAAAUGGUGCGUGUUAUUUAGGAGAUUGGUAUAUAAAUAGUACAGAGUUCGACCAAAUCACUUUUGAUGGCUUAGUGAGCCAUAGGAAACCUCAAUUAGGAGUGAUUUUAGGGGGACUGGACCAAUCGCAUAAACAAGUUGACACAAUUGACGUGAUUAAUGAAUUCAGAACAUCGUGUGAAAACCCGGCCAUUCCAACCCUACCAGUCCCUUUGUAUGGCCAUGCCGGUUUUUACUCGGAAUCUGACAAUGAGAUUGUAGUUUGUGGCGGGCACCAAAAUACAAGCAACCCAAAUUUUUGUUUCAAAUCAAAGCUAGACAGUGAUAUCCCAUCGUGGUCACUAAUUUCCUCCAGAAUGGAACACGUUUCAAGGUUCCAGUUAGUCCCGGCUGAAUCUGGUUUCUUUUCAAUCGGAGGUGCCAGGUCAACGGGGCCAAUUUCAAACAUUUAUAGAACUUCCCAAAUUGGCAAAAAAUGGGUCACAGACCGAAUCCUCCCUGAACCCACGCAAGGUCAUUGCAGCGUCGUGCAUGCUGGCCAGAUCUGGAUCAUCGGCGGUAAAUCGACUGAUGGAGCAAUGCUUAAGAGAACAACCAUUCACGACCCGCUUACCUACUCACUUCGAACCCCUGGAACUACGGGCAAUCUUAAUUUGGCUCGGUAUCUUCCUCUGUGUGGUCUGAUCAAGGACCCCGAGACCAACCACAAUUGGAUUCUUGUCAUAGGAGGGAUCGAUGAAGUUUCGAAUACACCGACAAGCUCCAUUGAAUAUUUUGACAUCCAAGAGGACCAUGAAUGGAGAAUCCUCACCACCCACGUUCCACUUUAUGAGAGCAAUGUCACUUUGCCAUUCCGAGGAGCUUCGAGCGGCGGAAUGAUCAAGUUCGGACCUUCUCGAUAUCUCCUUUUCCUUGGACAGACGUUUGAUCACGGAGUAUCGGCGAAUAACUUGGCCAUGUGGAAUCGAGACAUUGGUCAAUUCAAUCCGGUUGUCAGUACUUCAAUGCAAAGUGGCAGGAAUUUGGGGGCCGUGGUUCAGAUUCCUCUGCACACCCGAUGGACUUGUUUACCCAUGGGGAACGAAUGGGUCAAGAUGGUGGAGCAGAACACAGACCACUUUUUCCAACCCCUCCAACUCACGGGCUAUCCAAAUACUCAAGAAACCAUCAUAUCCAAUUUGGACACCUUGGAUCAAUACAAGUCUUGCAAUGGCUUUUAUCACUUGCGAUUGGUGUGGCCUGAAUUGGGAUAUUUCAACGAAUGGCGACAAAAGAGUAACUUCAUCGAUGCUGGUCCAGUUUUGGAUUACCAAGCCAUUGCUGUGAGGUACCCGAACUUCUUUAAGGGCCUCAUUCACGUCAACGGCAAUUCCAAGCCUGAUGGCCACCCUGACCAUACUUAUUUCAAGGGCGAUACCCGAAGUUCUGGCCAAUAUGCAGUGGGACGUUAUUCCAAUGAACCGUAUGGACGGAUUCCUGGACCUGUGGGCAACAGAGGAAGUGGAGACAUUCCUAUCUCCGUGGAUAAAAUCAUUCUUUAUGUGAAAAAGGAUUGUUGAAAGUGUUGCAAUUAUGGGUAUAUUGAAGUAAUUGAAAUCAAUGAAAUUUGAAAAAAGUGAACAAAAGUGGCAAAAAGGAAUUGGUCGAAUAAAUUGGCAUGUGGUGCACCAAAUUGUUGUUAA